UAAUUAAUGGUUUGUUGAAUAUUUCCACAGAUGAAAAACACUCAUCUUAUCUUACAACAGGAACAUCCCGAUCUUGAUUUUGAGAGAUUUUCACGAUACAAAAAAAUGAGGGCUUAAUUCUUGUAUUGUAUUCCCUCUGAUUCUGCCGCCCAUUUCCCUCUCUGCACUUCAUUGCAGGAGGUCCUUCAUUCUCUCUCUCUCUCUCUCUCUCUCCGGUGAAUUUAGAUCCCUUCAUUUCCUUUCAUUUCCUUCGCCGAUCCCUUCCCCCCCUUCAAAUUUUGACUUCUUCCUCUCUGGAUUGCUGUUUUUGUUUUUGAAUCGCUCUCUGUUUGUAAUUAGCUUAUCGUUAUGAACGACUUUGAGGGUCUUCUAGCAACCAAUUAUGGAUUCAAGCCCCAAGGUAAAGCCGCCCCAAUGGCUGCUCCAAAGGGUACGUCCAAUAUCAACGCUACCACCUCCCCUAAUUUCGAUCUCGGAUCUCGGGGCUCCUUCCGAUCGACUAAGGCCUCUAAUUCCUUAUCUGGGUCUCUCGCCGAUGACCAUGAUUCGCUUCAUCGAUCGAUGAGUGCUCAUGAGAAUCGCGAAUUUGGUGGUCUUGAUGAUUUGCUUGGUGGGUCGGCGAAAUUCUCCAGAAAAUCGGAGAGUCGUGGGGGUGAUUCGGAUGUUAAUUUUGACUCCUUAUUUCAUGGGGCUGGUAAUUCUGGUCAACCGGCAGCUUCGAGCUCACCGGUUUAUGAUAAACCUGUGUAUGAUGAUGAUAUCUUUGAUGGCAUUCCGGGCUUGAAAAGCUCGUCGAAAGUUCAGUAUGAUGAUGUGUUUUCAUCUAUGUCUUCGCCGCCUAAAGCAGAUUCAGCAUUCGAUGAUCUUCUUGGGGGAUUUGGAAAAUCGGAAGGUGUGUCGAAGGGUACGGGUGGGAAAGGAACGCAGGGUAAAGAUAAAGAAAUUCCUGCUUUUGAUGAUUUGAUACCUGGGUUUAGAAGCCGCAGCCCCCCUGGUGACAGGUCAACCUCAGGAGCUAGCUGGUCAUCAGAGCCAACUUCAGUUAAGAGUAAAACAUCCUCCAAGCCAAUGGAAAACCCGUUUGGGACAUCGAAGGAGCACAGUGACCCACAUGAAGAAGCUAGUGACAUUGGUAAUUUUAAAAGCCCAAAAUUUGAUGGUUACCCUUCCUCAGAUGCAAAUAAUAAAGCUUUUGAUGAUAUGGACCCAUUUGCUAGCCUUGGUAAAUCUGUCCCAGCAUUUUCAUCAGAAGGCAGUAAUAGAGAUAUGGCUAGGAGUCCUCCUAGGGUAGACCGAAAUGCUGCUGGGCCUCAAAAUUCUAACAGUAAAGAAACUGUGGAAAAACAAUCUGGAAGAACUUCUGGACAACCUUUGAAGAAGGAUGUGUCUGCUAAGAAUGAUAGACAAGAUGAUCAGCCUAUGUUUGAUAUUCCUACAGUUUCGAGUAAUUCUCACAAAUUUAUGCCUCAAUCAACAUCUCCUCCUGCUUCAAAAGAUGAAAAUGUGAUGGGGGAUACAUCUAGAUUUGAAGAUAAUGUUGAACCUGAUGAAAUAUGGCUCACUGUAUCAGAGAUUCCUCUUUUUACACAACCCACUAUUGCACCACCCCCUUCAAGACCACCACCUCCUAUACCACAGCAGGUUCCAAAAGAAGGAAUGGGUUUGUCUGGCUCCCGAAGUUCAAAGAUGAAUGCUAAUGACUUUUCUUCAUUUCCCAAUUCUACACAUCAUUUUCAGAUUCCUAAACCUGCCUCUGCUUCAGUGGGAGAUCAAGUAUCUUCAAUUGAUGAACUUGAGGAAUUUGCCAUGGGAAGAAAUCAAAGUAAUGCUGAUGAACAAGUCAACGGUCUUUCUAGUGAAGAAUUAGAGAUGAAUUCUGCUGCUGCAGCCAUGAAGGAGGCAAUGGAUAGAGCAGAGGCGAAGUUUAAGCAUGCCAAGGAAGUGAGGGAGAGAGAGAGUACAAGAACUUCUAGAAGUAAAGAAGCUGUAUAUUGGGAUAGAGAGGAGAAAGGCAUGCGAAAUGAGAGAGUUGAAGAUGAGGAGAGUUUGGAUCAUGAACGGUUCCAAAGGGAAAGGGAAGAGAAGGAGAAGGAGAAACGGAGAGUUGAAAAAGAGAGGGAAAGAACGAGGGAGCUUGAGAAGGAAAGAGAGGAGAGGGAGAAAGAACAAAGAAGGUUAGAGAAGGAAAGGGAGAGAGCUAGGGAGCUUGAGAUGGAAAGGAUAAAAGUCAGACAGGCUGUUGAAAGGGCCACAAGGGAAGCACGUGAGAGGGCAGCUACUGAAGCUCGCUUAAAAGCUGAAAGGGCUGCUGUUGAAAAGGCAAAUGCGGAGGCUCGAGAACGUGCUGAAAGGACUGCAGUUCAGAGAGCUCAAGCUGAAGCUCGUGAAAGGGCUGCAGCAGAGGCCCGGGAAAGAGCAGAAAGGGCUGCAGCAGAGGCACGGGAAAAAGCAGAAAAGGCAGCUGCAGAAGCAAAAGAGAGGGAAGCACGAGAGAGAGCUUCUGUUGCGAGGGCAGAAGCUGAAGCACGAAGUAGGGCAGAGCGAGCUGCUGUGGAAAGAGCUGCUGCAGAGGCUCGAGAAAGGGCUGCUGUAGACGCUCGAGAGAGGGCUGCUGCUGCAGCCAGGGCAAGCCAACAGAAGGCUGAAAAUGACCUUGAGUCAUUUUUUAGCAUGGGUAGAGCCAGUAGUGCACCUAGGCCUAGGGCCAACCCUAUGGAUAACUUCUUUGAUGCCCAACCUCCAAGUAGACCAGCGUCUGAGACAACUAAACCAUCUUCUGCCACAUCAUCAAAUCUGAGGAAAGCAUCUUCAGCCACUAAUAUUGUUGAUGAUCUUUCAGCUAUUUUUGGAGGUCCUCCAUCUUCUGGAGAAUUCCAGGAAGUUGAUGGGGAAAGUGAGGAAAGACGAAGAGCCAGGUUGGAACGCCACCAGAGGGUCCAAUCACGUGCGGCUAAAGCUCUUGCUGAGAAAAAUGAGCGAGAUCUUCAAAUGCAGAGGGAACAAGCCGAGAGACAUAGAAUUUCUGAAACACUGGAUUCUGAGAUCAAGCGUUGGGCUGCCGGGAAGGAGGGCAAUUUACGUGCUCUUUUAUCAACUUUGCAAUAUGUGCUCUGGCCUGAGUGUGGGUGGCAGCCAGUUUCUUUGACUGAGAUGGUUAUUCCAAAUGCAGUCAAGAAAGCAUAUAGGAAAGCAACACUGUGCAUUCACCCCGAUAAGGUGCAGCAAAAAGGUGCCACUCUUCAGCAAAAGUAUGUUGCUGAGAAGGUGUUUGACAUUUUAAAGGAGGCGUGGAACAAAUUUAAUUCGGAGGAACUUUUCUAAAUUCAUUUGAUGAUUUUUGUAAGAGGAAGGGGAGAAUGGUUAGGUUAUCUGGUUUGAAGGAAAGCUUCAUAUUGGUGGUGUUCUUCGGAGUUCAUCUUGGCAUGCAACCAGUAAGCCAUGGCGUGGUCGUGAUUUGGUUGACGAGAUGAAUUCCAAAUGGUAAUAUGAUUUAAUUGUUUCUUAUUCUUUUUGUUUAUCCUGUAUAAUGGAUGAUGAUGCUCCAAGUCAAGAAAAAGGAAGAAAGAUCUGAAUGGUAAUAUGAUGGGGAAGAGUUAGAUAUGAAGUAGAAAUAUGAUGAUGAAGUCAUUUCUUCACCGAUUCUUGCUUGUGAUAUGUACAAUCUGGGUGAAUAUGUAGAAGAAAUUGUGUUCACAAUCACACUUUUGAGUAACAUAGGAAAUUUCAAUUGGUUUUUUUCUUU